AUGCCGGUGCGAUUGUUUCCGUCACAGAGCGCCGCCGUCGAGCCUCCGAACCCGCCCGACCCCAAUAGUCACCGGCAGGCGUUUGUGUUGCGGCAACAGACCGCGCCCGAGCCCGACCCGUGGGUCGAGUUGCGCGAUCUCAACGAUCAACGAGCUCCAUCGACGAGUCAAGAGACCCAGCCGUUGUUGGGGAAGAAGAAGAGAAGUAGUUUCCCCUUGGGCGAUCCCAAGGUUUGGCAGUUGAAAAAUCGAAAAUUGGACAACGUCUGUCCGCGAAGUGUGUCAUGGUCGCUAGCUGAACCCAAUCCCAGAGAUCCAGUAAAGCAACGACAAUCUUUCAACGACGCCGAGAACCUCAACAACAACAACUUUGACAACUUUGAACAAUCUUCAACCGAAAUCUACCGAAAGCCUACUGGCAGCUACAAACUUGCUACCAAAUUUCAUCGUCCGCCAUCGUUCCGCCUUGGGGCAUCGCCAAAUCCAAGCUCAUUAGCACCGCCAAGAAGUCCGUUUCUAGUGCCAAACGGUGGACCGACAAGACCAACGCUUAGUCCACUUAUCAGUCCUGAACCACCGUUGUGGACACCUUCGUCCAGACAUCCUAGUGCGGUACCAUUUGGACCACCUUUUGCUAGUCCUUUUAGUCUUUUUGGAGGUGGUAUUGGAAGACGACAUUACUUUGGAGCACCGUAUCAGGUUGGUUUGACUUUUUAUAUUAUAGUAUUAGAAAUAUCGUAAUUUAAGAUACUAGGAGUACCGUAACCCGUACUAUCAGAUUUUUAAUGGCACAAACAAAUUUUUAAAAUUCGGUUUUUUAAAUUUAAAUAUUAAUCCUAAGGUCAACCAUAGUUUAUAUUUACCACCAUAACUCAUAAAAAAAAUUUUAAACCUACCUACAAUUAAAAAUGGCAAAAUAUCACCAAAUUUAAAAAAAUUCAACAUUUUUUAAAAUUUUCCUUGCUAACUCAAAAAAAUGACGUUAAACAUAACGCCUUUUGAAUGUUUCCAACUGUGCCUGCGGCAAUUAUUCGACAAUUUUUGGCGUUUCGACGCCUUUUAAUCCAACUUUUUUGAACUUUCCUACUGUCUUUUGGUGUGAAACGCUACUACUUGGACUAUAUUUUUAUUAGUGUAUUUUUUACAGUAGUUUCUGAUAUAUAUUUGCCUAGGUUUUGGAUUGAUUACUGUAUUUUCUUCUACGAAAAGUUGGCUUUUUUAUUUUUUUGCCUGAAGAAACGGCGAAUUUGGGCUGUUUUUGGGGGAAAAACGACCGUUUUGAAUUGAAAAACGACUGUUUCUAACGCAAAAUUAAUUAUUAUACAUUCUAAAACAGUACCAACAGUACCAUCUACAUUUCGACAAUCUACCACUGCAACAAUUCCUACUGAAUACGUACAGGUUUUGGAACAACAUCACUGAAAAGUGACAACAAGAGGGGUUUCGAGUGACUUUCGACCAGCAUUUUCCCACAUUUGAAUUGCACUAAGAGGUUUUUGGUUACACUGGUUUUGUGCUGCAACCGUGUUAUUCCGCCUUUCAAACAACGAAGAAGUACUGCCUGGGGCUACGUUUCUACCUGACGGUUUUUUCGACCGGUUUUUUGCUAAAAACACGGAGAUUUUUGGGCUGAAAACGCCAUAAGUUUUCGUUUUUAGGCAUAAUUGUUGGUAUUAGUACGGUAUUGUAGUACUUUAUAGCUACUUGGUACUAUAUUGUACUAGCCCACGAUAUUGUAAUACAAUUUUAUUUUACUAGGUAGUGCUUAAAGCAGUACUGAACAAUUUAUAUUGUACCAGAGCAACUCUUAAUACUAUUGAAGUUACUAGUAUGUUACAGUACUAAGCCUUCUCAAAAUUAAAAAUUUUUGGUCGACGGUAAGCCCCGAAUCUACCGUAACCCCACUGUUUAGAUCAAAAAUUUUAAUUUCAAGCGAGGAAACUGGACCCCACCAAUCCCAACAUUCCCAAGGUUCAGCCGAUUCAACGUUUCCCCCGCCGACAAAGCGUAGCCCCCUCCAUCUAUCAGCCCGAAUCGGAGCCGCGUUACGCCGACGUCAGACCGUUCGGACGUCGUCGGACCUUGGCUUCGUUAGCUUUGGCUAAAUUCAAGACUCGGAUCAACUCCAAGUCGGUGGAUAGUAUCAGCGAUCUUCAGAAGAGUCUCGACAGCCUUGACUCGAAAAAGAAAGAGUCGUUGGCGAAACGAGAGAGUGCUGGAGAUUGGAGAAUUAGAGAAACAGAGAAGCAGGAGGAUUUUGUAGACAAGUUCGAAGGUCCGCUACAAAAGGAUUUUGAGAAGAGUUUGGGCGAAAAAGACUUUGAAAAGUGUUUGGCUGGCAAUACAAGUGAGGCUAGUCAAAGAUCAAGUCAUUUUGAACAACCGACUGAUCGAUUAGACCCUUUCUACCAAUUAACUAAUAAACUAGACCCAUUUGAGAAAUCGACCGGUAAUAAAGAACCAUUUGAAAAAUUGACUGGUAUCAAAAAUCCAUUCAAAGGCUCUACCAACACUUUAGCUCCAGUUUCAUCCCUGAGGCCACGAUUUCUACCACAUCAACGAAAGUCACUCCAAUUUGUAGAUGCUCCUAUAAUCAGAGAACCGCUGCAGUACUCAGCCUACAAUUACCCUCAAGAAACACUUCAAACUUUAAAUCUACCAGUACUUCAACCAGUUGGUACUACUCCGCACUCUAAUCCUACUGUGGUACUACCAAGUCAGUAUACCAACCCGGCUUUACCUUUACCAAACACUUACAGUGGCUCUACCGUAGGGCUACAAAAUCCAAUAUUGAAACCUACAGUACCCUCUGAACACCAGAACCCCUACAAUCAGCCAAAAACCUCAGAAGCAACUGAUAGUACUGUAAAACUACAAAAGGCGGACUCAAAAGAAAAGUCGAAAUAUCUGACAAAAUUCGAACGGCCAGUUUACAACCGAUCUAUUAGUGGCUACAGUAGUCGACUACCGUAUUCUGGGUCGAUUACUGCGCGUAUUCGACCAGUGAGUCGUAUGUGGACGGCCGAAGACGAAAGCGACGGCGAAGGAUCACAACCUAGCUUUGAUUUGGACAAGAACGAUAACGAGGUGGGUUUUUCUAUUAUUUUUACUUCAUUAUUGUUGCUCUGCUAAAGUAAUGUAGGACAGAUUUAGAGAGGUGUGGAGAAGAAAAGGUUUUGUGAAAAGACAAGGGAUGUCAAACAGGAAAAACAAAUUAUAAAAAUUAGUUUUUUUAAAUUUUUUAAGGCUUACUAA